CGUAUAAUCUAGUGGACGGAACGCGUCCACAACAACAACACGGCUACUGGUUCUAUACUGCCUCGGUAGCUUGCUAGCCAAAAUAAAAACGAAAUAUUGACGCUCUUUACACAUGUUUCGGUGUAUAUUAGCCACCGGUAUUUUAAACACACUUCUGUCGUCUACCUUAGUUAUCCCGUUUAAGUUCAUAUUUACUCUGUUGUUAUUAAUCAGGUAGCUUGCUUGAUAAAUGGGCCUACCACUCGCUAAUGCUAACUAGCUAGCUAUCAUCCUUGACCAUGAGUUCACCAAGCUACUCGCCUCCUGUUGAAGAAGAGGAGGUCUGCUGGACGGAGAAAGAAGGUCUGUGGCUGAACGUUGUCGUGAAAGAGGAGAAGGAAGAAGAGGAUGUCACAGUAACAAAAGUAGAGGAUGAGGAUGUUACAGUGAAAGAAGAAGUAGAGGGUGAGGCUGUUACCGUGAAAGAAGAAGAGAAAGAUGUUUCAGUGAAAGAAGAGGAAGACGCGUUCAGAGUGAAAGAGGAGGAGGAUGUUACAGUGAAAGAAGAGGAGGAGGAAGAGAAAGAGGAGGAUGCGGUUUUUGGAGUGAAGAAGGAGAAAGACGGGGAGAUAACUGUCACAUUGGAGGAAGAAGAGGAGGAGGAGACAGGAGACCUGAUUAACACCAGAGAGAGACGUGACUAUCGUGGAUCCUCUGGGGAGCCUCAACAACCUCAUGAUGCUGACGAGGCUGAGAAGAGUCUCUCCACAUCAGAACACAUCAAGAAGAAACACCAGCAGAGAUUCAUCUAUUCAACUGAACUUAAAAGACAUCAGAAAAUCAAUACAGGAGAAAAGCCUCAUAGCUGUGAUCAAUGUGGGAAGAGUUUUGCUAAGGCAGGAGGCCUGGCUACACACCACAGAAUACACACCGGAGAAAAACCUUACCACUGCUCUGACUGUGGAAUGAGCUUUGCUACCUCAAGCCAGCUGAUAAGACAUCAGAAAACACACACAGGAGAAAAGCCUUAUUGCUGUGAUCAGUGUGGGAAGAGAUUCAGUCAAUCAGCAAACCUGACUGUACACAAGAGAAUACACACGGGUGAGAAACCGUACCACUGCUCCAACUGCGCCAAGAGCUUUUCUACCUCAAGUGGAUUGAUAACACACAAGCGAACACACACAGGAGAGAAGCCUUACCACUGCUCUGACUGUGGAAAGAGCUGUACCACCUCAAGUGCACUGAUAACACACCAGCGUACACACACAGGAGAGAAGCAUUACCACUGCUCUGAUUGCGGGAAAAGUUUUGCUACUUUAAGCAACUUGACACAACACCAGCGAACACACACAGUAGGACAGCCUCAUAGCUGUGAUCAAUGUGGGAAGAGAUACUCCCAUCUAAUGUCUCUGAUUAAACAUCAGAAAAUACAUGAAGAUCCAGACCUGGGUAGUAGAACACAGAGUGUGGAAUGAUCUCCAACACCAGACCUGGGUAGUAGAACACAGAGUGUGGAAUGAUCUCCAACACCAGACCUGGGUAGUAGAACACAGAGUGUGGAAUGAUCUCCAAAACCAGACCUGUGUAGUAGAACACAGAGUGUAGAAUGAUCUGCAACACCAGACCUGGGUAGUAGAACACAGAGUGGGGAAUGACCAACACCAGACCUGGGUAGUAGAACACAGAGUGUGGAAUGACCUCCAACACCAGACCUGGGUAGUAGAACACAGAGUGUGGAAUGAUCUGCAACACCAGACCUGGGUGGUAGGACACAGAGUGUUGAAUGAUCUCCAACACCAGACCUGGGUAGUAGAACACAGAGUGUAGAAUUACCAGACCUGGGUAGUAGAACACAGAGUGUAGAAAGAUCUCCAACACCAGACCUGGGUAGUAGAACACAGAGUGUAGAAUGAUCUGCAACACCAGACCUGGGUAGUAGAACACAGAGUGGGGAAUGACCAACACCAGACCUGGGUAGUAGAACACAGAGUGUGGAAUGAUCUCCAACACCAGACCUGGAUAGUAGAACACAGAGUGUAGAAUGAUCUCCAACACCAGACCUGAGUAGUAGAACACAGAGUGUGGAAUGACCAGACCUGGGUAGUAAAACACAGUGUUGAAUGACCAGACCUGGGUAGUAGAACACAGAGUGUGGAAUGACCAACACCAGACCUGGGUAGUAGAACACAGAGUGUGGAAUGACCAGACCUGGGUAGUAGAACACAGAGUGUAGAAUGACCAGACCUGGGAAGUAGAACACAGAGUGUGGAAUGAUCUCCAACACCAGACCUGGGUAGUAGAACACAGAGUGUUGAAUGACCAGACCUGGGUAGUAGAACACAGAGUGUGGAAUGACCAACACCAGACCUGGGUAGUAGAACACAGAGUGUUGAAUGACCAACACCAGACCUGGGUAGUAGAACACAGAGUGUAGAAUGAUCUCCAACACCAGACCUGGGUAGUAGAACACAGAGUGUAGAAUGAUCUCCAACACCAGACCUGGGUAGUAGAACACAGAGUGUAGAAUGUUCUCCAACACCAGACCUGGGUAGUAGAAGACAGAGUGUUGAAUGACCAGACCUGGGUAGUAGAACACAGAGUGUUGAAUGAUAUCUUUGUGAAUAACUGUUGAUGUGUUCAACUUGAUUCACCCUUCAGUAUUUCUUAAAUAAUACUCUUAACAUCUAAACAUGUUGUGCUGUAUUGGAUUUUGACCCAAACUGUAGUUUUAAAUUUAAGCCAAAAUGUUAAUGAACCUUUAUUUAACUAGGAAAGUCAGUUAAGAACAUAUUCUAAUUUUAAAAUGAAAUGCCAAACCCGGACGAUGCUGGGCCAAUUGUGUGCUGCCCUAUGGGACUCCCAAUCACAGCCGGCUGUGAUACAGCCUGGAUUCAAACCAGGGUGUCUGUAGUAACGCCUCAUGCACUGAGAUGCAGUGCCUUAGACCGCUGCGAUACAGCCUGGAUUCGAACCAGGGUGUCUGUAAUGACGCCUCAUGGAACAUUGAACCGACUAACGGAACAUUGAACCAACCAACUAACGGAACAUUGAACCGACUAACUAACGGAACAUUGAACCAACCAACUAACGGAACAUUGAACCGACUAACGGAACAUUGAACCGACUAACUAACGGAACAUUGAACGUUUAUAGAGACAUUUUAUAGAAUAAACAUCAGGAACAUAUGACAACAUCUGUGAAAUGUGAACUCUUCUAACUAACGGAACAUUGAACCGACUAAUGGAACAUUGAACCGACUAAUGGAACAUUGAACCGACUAACGGAACAUUGAACCGACUAAUGGAACAUUGAACCGACUAACGGAACAUUGAACCGACUAACUAACGGAACAUUGAACCGACUGACUAACUGAAUAUUGAACCGACUAACUGAAUAUUGAACCGACUAACGGAACAUUGAACCGACUGACUAACUGAACAUUGAACCGACUAACGGAACAUUGAACCGACUAACUAACGGAACAUUGAACCGACUAACGGAACAUUGAACCAACUAACGGAACAUUGAACCGACUAACGGAAUAUUGAACCGACUAACGGAACAUUGAACCGACUGACUAACGGAACAUUGAACCAACCGACUAACAGAACAUUGAACCGGCUGACUAACGGAACAUUGAACCGGCUAACGGAACAUUGAACCAGGUAACAGAACGUUGAACCAGCUAACAGAACAUUGAGUCAGCUAACAGAACAUUGAGUCAGCUAACAGAACAUUGAACCAGCUAACAGAACAGUAAGUCAGCUAACAGAACAUUGAACCGGCUAACAGAACAUUGAACCGGCUGACAGAACAUUGAACCAGCUAACAGAACAUUGAGUCAAGUAACAGAACAUUGAACCAGCUAACAGAACAUUGAGUCGGCUAACAGAACAUUGAACCGGCUAACAGAACAUUGAACCGGCUAACAGAACGUUGAACCAGGUAACAGAACAUUGAACCGGCUAACAGAACGUUGAACCAGGUAACAGAACAUUGAACCGGCUAACAGAACAUUAAGUCAGGUAACAGAACAUUGAACCAGGUAACAGAACAUUGAACCGGCUAACAGAACAUUGAACCAGGUAACAGAACAUUGAACCAGGUAACAGAACAUUGAACCAGGUAACAGAACAUUGAACCGGCUAACAGAACAUUGAGUCAGCUAACAGAACAUUGAACCAGGUAACAGAACAUUGAACCAGGUAACAGAACAUUGAACCAGGUAACAGAACAUUGAACCAGGUAACAAAACAUUGAACCAGGUAACAAAACAUUGAACCAGGUAACAGAACAUUGAACCGGCUAACAGAACAUUGAACCAGGUAACAGAACAUUGAACCGGCUAACAGAACAUUGAACCAGGUAACAGAACAUUGAACCGGCUAACAGAACAUUGAACCAGGUAACAGAACAUUGAACCGGCUAACAGAACAUUGAACCAGGUAACAGAACAUUGAACCAGGUAACAGAACAUUGAACCAGGUAACAGAACAUUGAACCGGUUAACAGAACAUUGAGUCAGCUAACAGAACAUUGAACCAGCUAACAGAACAUUGAACCAGGUAACAGAACAUUGAACCAGGUAACAGAACAUUGAACCAGGUAACAGAACAUUGAACUGGCUAACAGAACAUUGAGUCAGCUAACAGAACAUUGAACCAGGUAACAGAACAUUGAACCAGGUAACAGAACAUUGAACUGGCUAACAGAACAUUGAACCAGGUAACAGAACAUUGAGUCAGCUAACAGAACAUUGAACCAGCUAACAGAACAUUGAACCAGGUAACAGAACAUUGAGUCAGCUAACAGAACAUUGAACCAGGUAACAGAACAUUGAACCAGGUAACAGAACAUUGAGUCAGCUAACAGAACAUUGAACCAGGUAACAGAACAUUGAACCAGGUAACAGAACAUUGAACCAGGUAACAGAACAUUGAACCAGGUAACAGAACAUUGAACCAGGUAACAGAACAUUGAACCGGCUAACAGAACAUUGAACCAGGUAACAGAACAUUGAACCAGGUAACAGAACAUUGAACCAGGUAACAGAACAUUGAACUGGCUAACAGAACAUUGAGUCAGCUAACAGAACAUUGAACCAGGUAACAGAACAUUGAACUGGCUAACAGAACAUUGAACCAGGUAACAGAACAUUGAACCAGGUAACAGAACAUUGAACCAGGUCUACAUAUCCCUUAACAUGUACAGAGUUCCAAAUGUCAUAUUGUUGAUAAAUAUGUAGUUAUCUUAUAGUUUAGUUUAAUCUGUAUUUGUUUUAUACAAAUCACACCAUGUAACCUGAGGGCGAUCAUUUUUAUUUUAUUCAAUUGAGUAUUGUAACAAAUAAAACAAUUAAAAAGCAAAUGUGUUUGAGAAUGAGGGAGAGGGAGACAGAGAGAGAGAGCGAGAGAUGGGGGAGGGGGGGUAAUCUAGAGCCAUAAUCAUUAUGCUUAAUUCUAUGUCAAAAAUAUGUUUAUUUUUCUGCAUAUCUCACCACACCUCUUGAUCGGUCUGUAUCCUCCUGACUGAUGGCUCUUUUUGUUAAAGAAC